AUGCCGGACGUGGGUCAUUUCCUCAUCGGACUGAGUGGCGGCGCCGCCGUCGCCGUCACGGCGGUCUGCAUUCCUUUUGUGACCCCUGCCCUGCGGAGGGUGUGCCUGCCGUACGUGCCCGCCACCACGCAGCAGCUGGCCAACGUCAGGGCGGCCCUGCAGGCACCCUGGCCCGGCGCCCAGGGUCCGGUGCAGCGCCGCCUCGUCGACCUGGGCAGCGGCGACGGCCGGGUCGUCGAACUCGGCGCCAGUCUGGGCGUCGAGAGCCUCGGCGUCGAGUUGAAUCCCUGGCUGGUGGCGUACUCGAGGGCCAGGGCCCUGCAGAUGGCCAGGCCGAGGCCCAGGUACCUCAGGACAGACCUCUUCCGCUUCUCCCUGGCGCCGUUCUCGGACGUCGUCGUCUUCGGGGUCGAGCAGAUGAUGGAGGAGCUCGAGAGGAAAAUGCGAGCCGAGCUGGUCUCCGGCGCCAGGGUCGUCGCCUGCAGGUUCCCUCUGCCUAACUGGACACCGCUGGCCGAGUUUGGAAGUGGAGUGGACACCGUGUGGCUCUACCAGGCCAAAAGCUAAUCGUGAUCUAGUCCGAAUACUGACGUAGUCGGUUGUUGUUCAAAAAUUGUUAGCGCUUUAAUAAGCUUUCAACAGAUGGCACCAGCGUCGAUUUGCUUCUUUUUGGCCCUGUUUUAAAGCUUAAGAAAAAUAUAAAUAAGAGCAAUGAAAUAGACUGUGCCCUAAAAUACUGCAAUCUUUGCUGAAUCGUUAUCUAGAAAUAUUUAUUUAGACCCUCUAACUUUACUGUUGACGCCAUUUUGUGUUAAUCAUGGAUUAAACUGUUGUAAUUCUGCAAAUAAAAUACCAAACCAUCAUUUUGGUUACCUGAAAAUGAAGCUAAAUAAUUAUUUGAGUAGUAAAUAUUAAAAAUCAGGGGAUUUGUGGCGGAAAAUUAAAAAGGGGGUACCAGAAUUAUUACGAAUUGGAUAGGACUGGAACGAAAAUUGCAUUUCAGAAUCAUUCUAGUUUGAAAAGCCUAAUCUGUUAAUAGUUUCAUAGACUUUUUGUCGGUCUUGUGGGCCAAAAUAGUCGUUUACUGUUCACAGGGAUGAAAAUGGCGUGAUUUUUAUGAUUGUUGGUUGCCAAUAAACUUUAUUCAGAAUAAAAAUCAAUUUAUUCUACA